GCUGAGGAUCUAGUUGCGAAUUUUUUCCCAAAGAAGUUACUGGAGCUUGAUCACUUCCUUAAGGAUCCCAUCAUAAACAUCACUGAACUGAAGGAGAUCCACUCUGAGAUAAACCUGACGGUGCCAGACCCCAUCCUGCUCUCAAACCUGCAUGACGGACUAGAAGCGCAAAAUGCCAAAAAGAGAAAGCUGGAGGAUGGAGGGGAGGACACAGUGACUGGCACCAAGGUCUUUGUCAUGCCCGGUGGAAUGAUGAAGAGCAACGGAAACCUUGUCGAUCUCAUUGAAAAGGUCAAACCAGAGAUCAGGACACUCAUAGAGAAAUGUAACACAGUCAAAAUGUGGGUUCAGCUGCUUAUCCCCAGGAUAGAGGAUGGCAACAACUUUGGGGUGUCCAUCCAGGAGGAGACAGUAGCUGAGCUCAGAACAGUUGAAGGGGAGGCAGCAUCUUACCUCGACCAGAUAUCAAGAUACUACAUCACAAGGGCAAAGCUGGUUUCUAAAAUAGCUAAAUAUCCACACGUGGAGGACUAUCGGCGCACAGUAACCGAGAUUGAUGAGAAGGAAUACAUCAGUCUGAAGAUCAUAGUUUCGGAGCUCCGAAAUCAAUAUGUAACGUUACACGACAUGAUCCUGAAGAACAUUGAGAAGAUCAAGAGGCCACGAAGCAGUAAUGCUGAUGCACUGUACUGAUUUUCAUCCAGCCAUCUCAGCCUCAGCCUCCACCUCCCGCCUCCACCUCCCGCCUCCACCCCCCGUCUCCCUGCCAUGCCUGUCCAGCUACAGUAGCCUGGCCCUGGUCCACAGGACUACAUCUAGACAUUCACCUACUUCAGUACAAUCAAGUCAGCCCAGUACAGAAACAUAGCUUCCAUAGAAGGACACAACGCACAUGUUUUUGUUUUAAAUGUAAAAUAUUUUUUUUUUGUUUUAAACCCUUUGAAGACAUAAAUAUUCUCUCAGAAAAUGGGGAGAUAGAUCAUAGACAACAAAAAGCGCUAUGUAUUUUUUAAUUUUAAUUAAACAUUUCGUCCUCAGA